AAUCAUUUGUCGUUUGAGAUUCAAAGUGAAGAGUCGACAGAGUUGAAUUCUAUUUUUAUAUUUGUGUUAAUUUAAUCAUGGCACCUAACAAUAAUUUGACUGCAAUUCUUUAUGGAAUUGAAGAUUUACGUUUAGAGAAUCUUGAAAUUCCGAAAAUUAAAGAUGAAGAAGUACUUCUGGAGAUGGAUUGCGUUGGCAUUUGCGGUUCUGAUGUUCAUUAUCUUGUACAUGGGCGUAUUGGGGAUUUCAUUGUUGAAAAACCGAUGAUAAUUGGACAUGAAGCUUCUGGAGUGGUAAAGAAAUUGGGAAAGAAUGUGAAGAAUCUUGCAGUUGGUGAUCGUGUAGCGAUUGAACCUGGAGUUCCAUGUCGUAUGUGCGAGUUUUGUAAGACUGGAAAGUACAAUUUAUGUCCCGAUAUUGUCUUCUGUGCAACACCACCUUAUGACGGCAAUUUGAGACGAUUUUAUGCACAUGCUGCUGAUUUUUGUUUUAAACUACCAGAUCAUGUUACAAUGGAAGAAGGAGCUUUACUUGAGCCACUCUCAGUUGGUGUUCACACUUGUCGUCGUGCUGAGAUUCAACUUGGGGAUAUUGUUAUGAUUCUCGGUGCUGGGCCAAUUGGGUUAGUUUCAUUAUUGACAGCGAAAGAAAUGGGGGCAACGAAAGUUAUAAUUCUUGACUUAAUACAAAGUCGUUUGGAUGUUGCGAAAGAAUUGGGAGCUGAUUACACAAUAGCAAUUCAGAAAAACGACUCUGAAGGUGAACUUGUGAAGAGAAUUCAUUCAUUGCUUGGAGCGCAACCGAACAAAUCUUUGGACUGUAGUGGAGCGGAAGCAACAAAUCGUUUGGGAUUGCUUGCGACAAAAAGCGGCGGGGUUUUUGUUAUCGUUGGGAAUGGUCCGCCUGAAGUUAAAGUUCCCAUGGUCGGCUCUGUUUGCAGAGAGGUUGAUAUUCGGGGAGUCUUCCGUUAUGCUAAUGAUUACCCUGCAGCUUUAGCACUAGUUGCUAGUGGAAAAGCAAACGUCAAACGUUUGGUAACUCAUCAUUUUGACAUCACUGAAACAGCCGAUGCAUUCAAAGCAUCACGCUAUGGAACUGACGGUGCCAUCAAAGUCAUGAUUCACUGUCAACCACGCAACAAGAAUAACCCGAAACCUUUUUAAGAAAAACACAAACCACUUGCUGCAUCACUCCACUUGAACUCACGAGCGUGAACAUUUUCAUGAAUAAAUUUUUUGUCUUCCUUUUUAAGAUUCGGCAGUAAAUUUUCUUUUUCGUUUUCGCCAUUGAAAAUAAAUCAUUUUCUUAGACUGAAAAAAAGGAAACGCAGAAUGGGCAAUAAAAAUAUUUUUGGUUCUUUUUUUUUCAUCUUUCAAUUUAACCUUUUUGGGUCAUAAAUUUUAAAAUCAGGCUUUCCAAUGUCCGACUUCUCAUUCAUCACGCUGUGAGAGCAAAUUACAAACAACAAGCGAAUAUUUGCUUUUGUCUUCUUUUUGUUUUUCAACAUCCUUACUUACUCGACUUAUCAGAAGUAAAAGGCCAAAGGGGAUCGUACAUUUUUAAUUGUUUUUAUUAUUAUUUUAUUUUUAAUGAAUAAUAAAAAAUGAACAAAAAUGUUGCGUACAAUAAUAAACAAAGC